AUGGCUAGCACUAUCUACAUGGCAAGUGAGCAUGUGGUCGAACAACUAAAUCAAACCCAUGCCGCCAACGAAAAGCAUUUCGAUUCAGGGGAGGUCAUGCGAGACAUGAUUAUUGGUCUGGCUGAUGGAAUGACAGUACCGUUUGCUCUGACGGCUGGUCUAUCUAGCCUAGGCUCUUCCAAGCUGGUCAUCCUCGGCGGUCUUGCUGAACUCUUCAGUGGGUCGAUCUCAAUGGGCUUAGGGGCCUAUCUUGCUGCUGUAACUGAUCGAGACCAUUAUGAGAACGAGGAGAAACGAGAGCAAGGAGAAACGAGAGCGUGA